UAUUUAUUUAUUUAUUUAUUUAUUUAUUUUUCAUUGGACAUUGUCGUUGCGUUUUGACUUGGUUUUGCUAGUAUCUUUAAGCUGCCUUCUGUAGUGUAACUCAGGAGUUGACCACCGCUUGAUUUUUCAUGGGAAUGAAGUGAUGUUUUUGUGACUGCAUUAGUCAUGUAGUUGCGCAAUGGGGGAUAAAUGCCCUUGAGAGACUGCAAGCUCAUUGAAAAAGUACAAUCUUCGGGAUUCUCGUGCUCGUGAUUGCUGAUCAAAGCGUGGAAUUUCGUCGUUAGAAAUGGAAAUUCUUUGCUGUGUUAAUUCAGUUGCAAAGCUUUUCCUGACGAUUUAGCUUGCUCUGGAGCAAUGAUCUUCACAAUUGCGUAGUGAAAGCGGGGAAUUGCAGAAUUUGGUGCUGAUCGCAAAAUUUGUUUGUUUAUUUAUUUGUUCCCAUACAGAAAAGUUCCUUUUCCUCCAUUACUACUAUAAGAGUGUUUUUUAGCAUGGGUCCUUGUGAACCUGAGGCAUUAGGCAGAUUCGCUCCUUCAUUCCUACUGACCAUUGGAAAACCUGAAUAGUAUGUGCUGUGUGCAUAUCAGAUAUUCUUGUCCCGACUUCCGAUUGCAUUUAUCUGUUGUGAAUUAGAUGCUGUUGAUACCUUAGUCAGACUUCUGCUAAUUCCGUAUUGUAUAUCUAUGAUGUCUCACCUGGAUCAUUAACUUAGUGCUAGUCAGAAGAAAUGGUAUGUCACGUUAGCACCUUCUGGCACAAGCAGCUACUGUUUUCACGUUUGGCUUCUCCUGUUUGUCAUUACGACUGGCAAACACGCAGGCACGAUUGGGUUAUUUUAUACCAGUACCUUACGUAAAAACAAAUUUAUAUAUCGGCUGAGUUUCUCUGGUUGUGCCAGGCUACAGCCCUCCGAAGGUGCAAGAUCGUUGGUGUUAGCCUCUCUCCUAGAAGUUGCUGAUGAAACGCAGGAUUAGUAUUGGGCAUGCUAAUCAAGUCGAUCGCACGGAUGUAUAGGGGAACGAGUGUAGGAAAACGUGUGUGCGGGCGGAGGGUUGGUGGUGUUUACUCAGAGUAUGACUGAACAUUUAUAUAUUUCCUAAGAUAAGUGAAUGUAAAGUUAUUUGUGGAGGGAGUGUAAAGUGCCUCAAUAUAUUACGUUGAAGGUGUUGACAAGAUGUGGGCGCCUAUGUGUGCCAAAAGCAGAGAUGCUUUUGGCUUAGUUGGAGACCCUCAGAGUUGCUUGAGCUCCGUAAUGAUCGUGAUGUAUGCUAGCCUUGCUAUCAUCGAUUUCCUAAUAGCGACUGCAGCUGGAAUUCAGCUGUUGAGACACCACUUGCAGAACAGACGUAUUGGUUGGACACGACAGAAGGUUUUUCACUGCCUUAUUGGUGCUGCAAAUCUUGGUUAUGUCUUGUACUUCAUCUUAACCAUAGUGGCGGCAUGUAAAGGAUGGGCAUGCUUUUCAACAGCCUGCGGAUUUAUCCUGAUUGCGGCACCCCAAACAUUGUUCUUAGCUACUUUUUUGUUGCUUCUUUCAUUCUGGGUGGAUUUAUGCAACCAGCCGAACGACAACGAUGAGGACGAAGACGAUGAGGAUGUGGAUUAUGAGUAUGUGCAAUUGCCUUCUUCUCCUUAUAGUCCGGAGUCAGGAGGAAGUAAGCCACAUCGGGCAUGUUUAUCAUUUCGACGUUGGCAUGUUCGAGGACGGCAAAGGUACGUGAUGUUGGUGGUGUCUAUUAUCAUCUUGUUGACGGUGGUUUUUGCUUUGUUGAUUUGGUAUGGAAUGUACGACAACCCAAUAGACUCCGUGAAACUUGCACAGGUUUAUGCCAACCUCUUUGCUUUAGUAAUACUUCUUUCAGGUGUUGGUCUAGCCGGAUACGGGUUGAAUUUGUACACGAAAAUGAGCAGAAUAAAAUCAGGCAGGACUUCAGCAGACAUCAGAAAGGUGGUGUGUUUGGCAGUUGCUUCAGUUCUGUGUUUUUCUCUGAAGGCCUUUUUGGUCGUUAUGAGUGACCUCACCGAUCUCAACAUAUGGCGUGUAGAGCGUGGGGACAGUCAGUUAUGUGCACCUCUGAUCUUCUUUUAUUAUGUCAUAGGGGAAUCUGUACCUUCUAUCGUUGUGUUAUGGGAGAUGAGGGACCUGCCUCCAAGACCUUGUAGCAGGAAGAGUAGUGGCGUAACGUCACAGGAAGGGUUGACUGAGGAUGCACUACUAAUUCCAGAUCCAAACUAUUUGGCACAGUUAAUGUCGUCAGCUGGCCGACGAUACAUGCUGUUGCCAAAAUGUUGCGACAGUGAUGUUUCUCCUUAAAUUGAGAUGGCAAAUCGAGCUGCUGGUUGGGAGCCAUGUACUUUUGCUGUUUGUAUAGGCGUAUUUGGCUCUAAUGUGAGUAACUUAUUGUAAGCCAACCUUGCAAUUUCAGACUUUGUUCUGGUCGUGGGUAUUGAUGCCAUGUAUCUGAAUAGAGUUCAGCCGAAUGUGCACCGUGUAUGAACCUCAAAUUGACAUCAAGAGGAACUCGAGAGGGCGUCUGGUUUUCCCUGUACACCGUCAUGGAUACCAAGAACGCUGGGUACGAGUCAUUCAAUGCGUCAGAUCUUAAGAGCUGGACUUAAUUGCUUGGUUUGGGGUUAUGAAACUUCGAAGCUGGUACCUACCCUGACUUAACUGCCUGAGAUUGAGGUUCUUUGAGAGCCAGCAAAGAUGUGUACGUCUGCACCGAAGGAUGUCUUUUAGAUCGCAGCAUUUGUUUUAUUUUGGGAUUGAGGCUUAAUGGUAGGUGCUUCCUUCAGUGUACAGUCGAAGAAUUAGUUCUGGAAGUAGGCUAUUGCCUGGUUGAAAUAUACUCAACAGGAGCGUCUUCUUCAACCUUGUGCUCAUAUUGAUUAGUGCUUUUAUCGCCCACAUUGGUGGUGUGACUGUACAUACCGAAAGUUUCUUGAGUGGUACAAAUGGAAAUUGUAAUUUGAUUAUAUAUGGUUAAUAAUUCAAAUAUUUGUAGUCUAACGUUGGUCCUUA